UCUAUGGUGUUAUUUGAAGAAUUUAUCUGAAAAACUUUCAAUAUGUUUGGAUUUCCCAGUUUCAGAAAUUUCACUCAUAAAAAUGUAAUGAGAUAAUUUCAGUAAAUCUUAUAUCCUUUAAUAUUUCCUGUAAAUUCUGCUAUUGUUCCUGGUUCAACAGUCAAAUCUGUCUUAAUAAACAAUGGCAAUUUUUCGAAUGAUUAGCAAGUACAAUUAACUAUGACUAUUCAUCAUAUACUAAUGAUAAACUGAUAAACAUUUUGUUGACUAUCUUAAUGCCGUACAACAAAUUCAAAUUCCUGUUUAUUUUUCAAUUUGAAGAUCCUAGGUCAUUGCGUCAAUAAACCAGUAUCCAUUCCAAGGAAUCAUUUGAGGUUAAAAGUGUCAAAUUUCAAGUAAAAUAUAGAAUUACCUACAUUUUUAGUGCUUCAUGUAGACCUAGAAUUUCAGAACAAUAUUCUGUAUUAUCUGUCAAAGAAGUUAUAAGAUAUUCCAUUUGUUAAUCAAUUUACAUGAGUAAAAGACCUUUAACCUAAAUUAAUAUAUAGUUGAACUAUCAUCCAAAUGCUAGCAGAUUUAGGAACAACUUUAUAUUGAUAUACUCAGUAAGAUCAACAUUAAAUAUGGAAUUCAUAAAUAAAGGUUUACCCUUAGUCAAUAAUCCAAUGAUUUGGUGAUGAAGUGAUUUGAUAUGGUCCUAAUGCCCAUGUACAACUGACUUAGAUAUAUGAACAUAAAUCAAACAAUAUGGAAUCAAGUCAACAUCUUAUUAGCAAUGAUUAUACAGAAGUCUACCAAAGUUUACCAAUCAGAUUACAACUGGCUUAUGGAAUGGGACAUGUUUUGAAUGAUAUAUGUGCAUCUUUAUGGUUUACUUACUUACUAGUUUUUUUUCAACUGGUUUUGCAAUUCAGUAAUUGGGAAGCUGGAUUUCUACUCCUUGUAGGGCAGAUAGCUGAUGCAUUGGCAACUCCUUUUGUAGGAUUCCAUUCAGAUAGAAACAGAGGUGUCUGUUGUAACUAUACCAAACGUAAAAGUUGGCACUUAUUUGGAACAACUUGUGUUCUGUGUGCGUUUCCAUCCAUAUUUUCCCCAUGUUUUCUAUGCGACAAUACACAGAAAUGGGUACAACUGUUGUACUACUCCAUAUUCAUUGUGAUUUUUCAAUUCGGCUGGGCAGCAGUGCAAAUUUCUCACUUGUCACUCAUACCAGAACUCACCCCCAAUGAGCAUGACCGAACACGUCUGACUGCUGUGAGAUACAGCUUUACAGUUAUAUCCAGCAUUUUCGUUUAUGUCAAUGCUUGGUUCUUUUUGCAUCUAAAUGGUGAUGAUACCAAAUUGGGACCAUCGUAUGCUCCAAAAUUUCAACAAAUCGUAUGGAGUGGAAUUUUUCUUGGAUUAUGUUGCUCUGCAUUGUUCCAUAUAUUCAUCAAAGAAGGAGAAGGAUUGGGUAGCAGAGAUAUAAGAGGUGGUCAGCCUAGGCAUAGUGUAUCAGAUAUACUCAAAAACGUUAAAAUAUAUAAAGUUGCUGUGAUUUAUAUGUCUACAAGGUUGUUUGUUAACCUAAGUCAAGUGUUCAUACCCCUGUAUCUUCAUGAAACUUUGGAUAAGACAGCCAGUACAUUGGCAUUGAUUCCUUUAACCAUUUUUAUAGGUAGUUUCUUUAUGUCCUUUGGAAUUGGUAAACUCAACAGAAUGUUUGGCAGAAAGUUGGCAUAUUUUAUUGGUGUAGUUAUGGGUAUAGCUGCAUGCAUAUGGAUAAAGAAUGGCGCAGGAAAUUUUUAUUUCCAAUAUGGAAUUUAUGGUGUUUCAAUUUUGAUAGGAGCUGGUGGAUCGAUCGUUUUGGUUACUAGUCUGGGCAUAACUGCUGAUUUGAUUGGUAAUCAAACUUCAAGUGGGGCCUUUGUUUAUGGUAUUAUGAGUUUCACAGAUAAGCUUGCAAAUGGAAUUGCUGUAAUCAUUAUUCAAGACUUACACAAAGCUGAUGGCUCAAACAAAGAUUAUUACCGUGAUAUUUUGACAUACGUAUGUGGUGCUUCCAUGGUGUUAGGUACUUUUGGUAUCAUUUCAUUGAUACACAGGAAUCGGCAAGAAGGUCUUACAAGGAAUGUUCAGGUACGAAAUUACAACAGUAUUAACUCUGAAAUAUCAACCUGUGACAACUCAUCAUAACUCAGCAUCCAACAGAUUAUUUUUACAAGUUUUAUAACGAUAAAUGAAGAUAUGUAUAUUUUGGAUCUUGUGAUAUUUUAAUUGUAUAACGAUAAUGAAUUAUAAAUUUUGAACUUAA